AAGCGCGCGAGCAAGCAGGGCGCUAGGAGCGAGCGGUGGCUGGCGACGCACCCAAGGCCAGGGCACUACUGCGCCCCGGCUCAGGGCUCAGGCCCCGCCUGCUGCAGACCAAACUGAGCGCCUGGCCACGGCCCGAUCCCCCAUCGGCCCCGAGCCCAUCCCAGCCCAUCCUAGCCGAGCCCCUGCAUCCGCCUGCCGCUGCUGCAGCCGGAGCCGCAGCCGCAGCUCCAUCCCCAGCCCGGAACCCGCAUCCAGGCCGCCAGGAUGGACGUGUUCAUGAAGGGCCUGUCCAUGGCCAAGGAGGGUGUCGUGGCCGCCGCGGAGAAAACCAAGCAGGGGGUCACCGAGGCUGCGGAGAAGACCAAGGAGGGUGUCCUCUACGUCGGAAGCAAGACCCGAGAGGGGGUUGUACAAGGAGUGGCCUCAGUGGCUGAGAAAACCAAGGAGCAGGCAUCUCAUCUGGGAGGAGCCGUGUUCUCUGGGGCUGGGAAUAUCGCAGCAGCCACAGGCCUGGUGAAGAAGGAGGAAUUUCCCACCGAUCUGAAGCCGGAGGAAGUGGCCCAGGAAGCUGCAGAGGAGCCGCUGAUUGAGCCCCUGAUGGAGCCAGAAGGGGAGAGUUAUGAGGAACCACCCCAGGAGGAGUAUCGGGAGUAUGAGCCAGAGGCGUAA